CGUCCGCCUCUAGCGAGCGUUCUCCCUCCAGUCAUUCGGUCGAUCAUAUACCGAGCGCAAUUCCGAUGCCUCGGAGCGUUGGUGGCGAGCCGGGGAGCUGCCGCCGGAUGGUGGAACCUUGGAAUGCCUGCAGUGCUCGGAAAAAAGUGGUGGGCUGGAAGCGGGGACAUGGAGAACCUGGGGAAAGCGUCGCUGGCUAUCAGUCGUGGAAUUCCCGGUCAACGCAUGGUUGACAGGCAGGGACCGCCCGAUUGCUGGGAGCUAUAAAGUCGUGCAAGGACCGUGAGUGUGGGUCUGGCAUCUUUUUCGCUGCGGGAGCUGUUGAUCGAAGGCGUUGAAGCACCAUGGCUAUUCCUCCAAAGUGGUACCAGUUCCUCGUGGGCGUCUUCGCCUCCCUGGGUUCCGUCCUCUACGGGUACGAUCUGGGUGUUAUCGCUCAAGUUAUCGCGUCGCAAUCGUUUAUUAGCAGGUUCAACCCGACCGACGAUGAGACUGGAGCGGUUGUGUCUGUCUUCACAGGCGGGGCCUUCUUCGGAGCUGGUGGAGCAGGUUUGAUGUCUGAUGCGCUUGGUCGACGCCUUACAAUCCUGAUUGGCGCCCUCAUCUUCUGCGUCGGAGGUGCUCUGCAGACCGGAGCGCAAGCUCUAUCGUACCUAUACUCUGGGCGUGCUAUUGCUGGGGUCGGUGUUGGCGUCCUCUGCAUGAUCGUCCCGCUGUACCAAGCAGAGAUCUCCCAUCCAAGUAUUCGUGGACGUGUCACUGCUCUCCAGCAGUUCAUGCUUGGCGUGGGAGCACUAGCGGCCGCUUGGAUCUCGUACGGAACAUACGUCGGCUUCGACCCAACCAACGAUGGACAAUGGCGCACGAGUCUUGGUAUCCAGAUGCUUCCGGCCGUGCUCCUUGCAGCGCUCAUCUUGCUCUUUCCCGAAUCACCCCGUUGGCUCAUCGAUCACGGCAGGCCAGCGGAUGGAUUACGCACGCUGGCAAGGCUCCAUGCCCAUGGCGAUGAGAAUGACACUUGGGUUCGCGCGGAAUACGACCAGAUCCAGGAUGCUAUCACCUUCGAACAUGAACACGAAGCGAAGUCUUGGACCGAACUCUUCACCGACAAGUCCUCCUUCCGCCGUCUCUUCCUCGCCUGCUCCAUUCAAGCCUCGAUCCAAAUGACGGGUGUCUCCGCAAUCCAGUACUACUCCGUCACGAUCUACGGCCUCAUGGGAAUUGAAGGAGAUGAUACCUUGAAGUAUCAAGCCAUUUCCUCGGUCAUCGCUCUUGUUGCGCAGUUCCUCUGUAUCCUCUUAAUCGACCGCUUCGGACGUCGCUGGCCGCUCAUCCUCGGCAACCUUGGCAACAUGGUGACCUUCAUUAUUGCGACGAUUCUGCUGGCUAAGUUCCCUCCUGGCGCGAGCGACAACAAGGCUGCCGCCUGGGGCUUUAUCGUCAUAACCUGGGUGUACAACUUCUCCUUCAGCGCCACAUGCGGCCCGCUGUCUUGGAUUAUUCCUGCCGAAAUCUUCGACACAAAAACCCGUGCGAAAGGUGUCGCACUCGCGACGAUGGUUUCGUUUGCCUUCAACACCAUGAUUGGCCAGGUGACCAAGCCGGCGAUGACCCAAGUCGGGUACCGCUACUAUUUCCUGUUCAUCAUCUGUAACUUCACGAAUGCAAUCUUCUUCUGGGCCGUGCUCCCCGAGACCGCCAAGCGUCCGCUCGAGGAGAUGAACUACCUCUUCACCAAUGCGCCACUCUUCGUUCCAGGCAUAAAGAAGGGCGAGUUUGACACGCACGAUCUCGAGCACAGAGUGGAGGAAGUUGAGGCUAAGCAAGGCUAUGCCGCGCACGUUGAGUCGAAGAUCUAAGUGUUAUCUUAAAUGCAAUAGGUAGCUAGCGGAGGAGGGAGUACACACCCGCAUGUGGCACAGCUUAGUUGAAAUUAAGCCAAACUGCCCAUCCGGGCAAUUU